UUAAUUGGUUAACCGCAGUUGCUUUGUUGUGCACGGCCAAAGAUUUUAUUCACAGGUAGCUCAUUUUAACCAGAAAGUUUAUUUAGCUAGCUAAAUUCACAGCAUGGCUUGAUUGAUUUAUGUAGUUGGGUCAAGCGUACAGUACAUGUGGCACACUAGUUACAUUAACUUUACCGGUAGCUUAGCUAGCUAGGUGUUGUCAACAUUUCUAUGGUGCGUCUUUCACCCGUCUUUCAGUUUCAACUUUAGUGUUGUCAUUUCGAGCUCAAGAGAGCGAGGGUAAACUAGUUUAGAAAAGAAACAGUGGGUCGAUCUGCUAAGUAGACAGCAGAGCCAGAGAUGGCUAUCGCCCACGUCGCUACAGAGUAUGUGUUCAGUGAUUUCCUCCUGAAGGAGCCGGGUCAGGCAAGGUACCGCACCGUGCGCACUGAGCUAGCCAUGGACAAGAUGGUGACGUGCGUGGCGGUGGGACUCCCUCUCCUCCUCAUCUCUCUAGCCUUCGCCCAGGAGGUCUCUGUGGGUGAGUAGGUUACGGGUGUGGGGGAGGUUACCUGUGUGUGAUUAAUUAAUCAUUAAAUCAUAAAUGAUGAUGGUGUCAUUUAGUGUGUGUGUGUUUCUGUCUGUCUCCCAGGUGUUCAGAUCAGCUGUUUCCCUCCAGCUAACUUUUCCUGGCGUCAGGCCAUGUAUGUGGACUCCUACUGCUGGGCAGCCCUACACACUCACACACUACCCUUAUGGCUACACAAGGUAACACACACAGACAGACUAUCCCUAUGGCUACACAAGGACACACACAGGGAACUAACACUUAACCAUUCUACUCUCUCUCUCCCUCUUCUCCUUUCUCUCUCCCUUUGUCCACCCUCCUUUCUCUCUCCCUUUCCCCCGCUCUCUCAGUUCUUCCCCUAUAUUCUGCUGUUGAUAGCAGUAAUUAUGUAUAGUCCAGCGGUGUUCUGGCGUUUCUCUGCCUCGCCUCUGCUUCAGUCAGACCUCAGCUUCAUCAUAGAAGAACUCGACCGCUGCUACAACCGUGCUGUCACUCUGGCUAAACGCAUGGCCACUACUGGGGAACACACAGACAGGUAGACUAACUGGAUUGUAUUCAAUAGGCACCGAACAGAAGAAACUGACUGAAUGGAAUUAAUGGAACGUCAUCAAACACAUGGAGACCGUUUGAAGUGUUUGAUACUGUGCCAUUAAUUCCAUUCCAGCCAUUACUAUGGGCCCGUCCUCCACCACUGCUAACCCUCUCACUCUCUCUGUCUCUCCCUCCAGUGGUGUGUCCGACCCUACUGAGGGCUGUUUCAUGUACCCAGUGGUGGAGCAGUAUCUGCUGACCAAGAGGAGGAGUGUUGUGUUGUUGUGGCGCUACCUGCUGUGUCGAGGCCUCAAUCUACUCACCUUGCUUCUGGCCUGUGUCUACCUGGGCUACUACCUCCGCCUCGCUUCCGUCACUGACCAGGUAGCUAACCCUGACCCACUGACCAACUGGGUCUAGUCACAACUGACCCUAACUUAUUGAUUUUGUGUUGUGAGUUAUCUGGCUAACUUAUUGGUCCUACAUUGUGAUCCUCCCCACAGUUCGGCUGUUCCCUGCGCACUGGACUCCUGGCCAAUGACACCUCAAUCCCCAACCAAUUACAGUGCAAGCUGGUCGCUGUGGGCGUGUUCUCUUUGCUAAGGUUUUUACACCACCUUUUUAGCUUUUAGCCAGUCAUUUUUGUUGUUCCCUUUUUGAAUCAAGUUUACCGGAUUGUGAUUUCAGCUUUGUUAACCUGCUGGUGUACGCCAUGCUGGUUCCCGUGGUGAUAUACUCCGCUCUGCGCCCCUUCUUCCAAUCACACACCCAUUUCCUGAAGUCCUACCAAUCACUGCCCACCAUCAGUGUUCUGCCCCUCCCUCAGGGCCAAUGGGAUGACCUGACGCUCUACUUCCUCUUCCUGGAAGAAAACCUCAGCGAGCUCAAGUCCUACAAGUACAUGAAGGUGUGUGUGUGUGUGUGUGUGUAUAUAUAGGGCUGUGUUGUGGAGUUUCAAGUUUUAUUGUCACAUGCACAAGUACAGUGAAAUGCCUAUCUUGCUUGCUCUUUCCCAACAAUGCAGUAAUGAAUAUCAGUAGUACUAUAGAGAAUAGUCAAGUAGAACAAAAACACAUGAGAAAUAGAAGUAAGAAGAACAUAAGAAAGUAAGUAAGCUAUUUACAAGGUCAGUUCCAGGGUCAAUGCCAACACCAUAUUUACAAUGUGGAGGGAUACUGGAGUGGUAGGGGUAGAUAUGUAUAGGGGUAAGGUGACUAGUGUUAAGUUGCGUCAAUUCAAAUCUGGUAUUAGGAACAAAAGAGGUCAAAACACGUCUUCUAAAUAGACUAGUAUUUUAAUUAAUGCAAACCACUUCAAUGGUAAAUAUGAUGUUCGUAUAUACGGGUCCACUGAAAUACCAUGCAGGGCACUCAGAGAACUAAGCCAUUGUUAUGAGUUCUUCUUAAAAUACUCUGACAGAGAUAGUUCCCGCUCCCUGCUGGCCAAUCAGAUUAGAGGUUGGGCGUGGUUUAGAUUUACUCAGCCAAUCCGUUGGCGCACAGGCUGGUCCCAGUCCCUUGGCGCUCCACUGUUGCACACUGUUGCCAGGCAUAAGUUGUUAUCACAGCAACCUGUCCAGAGAGUCAGCACCUUUUUGCAGUACACGUCCUUGGACGGUUCACAGAUCACAAAGAAGCAGUGUAAUCUAGUAUUUUGAGACACAAGUUCUUAUCUCAUCCUACCCCCUAACGUUCCUCACAUGAAUCACAGCUUGUUAUGUGAAACAAUUUAUAUCAGUACAGUACAAACCUUUUUAUGUUUAAUCACCAAUGCAUUCCUUCUAAGCUAUUCAUCACAUACAGAUCCAAUUAUGAGAAAAUAGAUCCCCACACUAGGCAUCAGGAUAUACAUGAUAAACAGAGUAGCAGCAGUGCAUAUGAUUGUUAUGUGAAUGUGUGUGUGUGUAGAGUCAGUAUGAAUGUGUGUGAGAGAGCAAAUUAAUUGUGAGUGUGUAGGGUGCAUAGAGUUAGUGCAAAAAUACAAAUAAAAUAGAAGGGUCAAUGCAGAUAGUCUGUGUAGCCAUUCUGUUAGCUAUUUAGCAGUCUUAAGGUCUGGGUAUAGAAGCUGUUCAGGAGCCUGUUGGUGUCAGACUUGUGGCUCCAGUACUGCCACAUGGAAGCAGAGAGAACAGUCUGUGUCUGGAAUCUUUAACAAUUUUCCGGCCCUUCCUUUCACACCGCCUGAUAUAGAGGUCCUGGAUGGCAGAGAGUUUGGCCCCAAUGCAGUUGCCAUACCAAGCAGUGAUGUAGCCAGUCAAGAUGCUUUCAAUGGUGCAGCUGUGUAACUUUUUGAGGAUUUGAAGGCCCUGACAAACCUUUUCAACCUCCUGAAGGGGAAGAGGCGCUGUCAUGCCUUCUUCAUGACUGUUUCCAUGUGUGUGUGUUGCUGAGGCAGAGGUGUGUGUGUGUGUGUGUGUGUGUGUGUGUGUUUAACUGUAUAGCUCUGUGUUGUAGGUGUUGGAGUUGCUGAGGAGGAGGGGUGUGUGUGAGGGGGAGGACUUUGACGCCAUGGGACUGCUUCAGAUGCUGUGUCUGGUGAAGACUGAUGCCACGGACGGAAAGAGGAGCACCGCAGCUACCUCCAAUGCUAGUGACAAAAACCCCAAUGCAAAUGCUAGGCGUAAUGCUAAAGCUAAUGAUAACCCUGCCGCUGGGGAGGCCAGUAGCAAGGCCCCAGCCCCCGGCCCAGCUUCCCCAGACCCAGGCCAAAGCCAGACCAGUGCCACUGAAAUGACAGGUGAGUCUGAAAGGAAAGAAAGGACGGGGAGAGGGGAGGGAGGAAGGGGAGAGGAAGCAGAAUUGGAAUGAUGGGAAAUGUAAUGAAAUUCUAAACUAUUCUACAAAGAAAACAAAUAUCUGUUAAGUGAAAUUCAUAAUGUUCUGUUUCCCCCCCAGAAUUCUCUGCUCUGUUGCCAGGCAACAGUGCAAUGACAGGCGGGAGUGACGAGGGGGCGGUCCGACAUCGAAUUAUCUGA